AUGUCGGAUAGCAUCUUCAACGUUCAGGUGUUCUUCAUUGUUCUCAGAGAAUGUUUGGAGGCCGUGAUUGUGAUUUCUGUGCUUUUGGCCUUUGUGAAGCAGUCGGUUGCAAAGGACAAGAAGCUUAAGAGAAAGUUGUACAAGCAGAUUUGGUUCGGUGCAAUUGCCGGUAUUGUAAUCUGUCUAGGUAUAGGUGGUGGUUUCAUUGGUGCCUACUAUUCGCUCGGUAAGGAUCUCUGGUCCUCGUCCGAGGAUCUUUGGGAGGGUAUCUUCAGUAUUAUCGCCACCGUUUUGAUCUCUAUCAUGGGUAUUGCCAUGCUCCGUAUCAACAAGAUGCAGAGAAAGUGGAGAAUUAAAAUUGCCAGAGCUUUAACCACGCCCCCAGCAGAGAAAUGGGGCCGGUUCAAGUUCAGCUACAUCAUGAAGAAGUACUCCAUGUUCAUCUUGCCCUUCAUCACCACUCUAAGAGAAGGUUUGGAGGCCGUUGUCUUUGUUGGUGGUGUUGGUAUUGGAUCUCCAGCCAAGUCUUUCCCACUUCCAGUCAUCUGUGGUUUGGUUGCAGGUAUUCUUGUCGGUUACCUUCUUUACUACGGAGGUUCCACCACCUCCUUGCAGGUGUUCCUUUGUAUUUCCACGUGUAUUCUUUACUUGAUCGCUGCCGGUUUGUUUUCCAGAGCCGUCUGGGACUUUGAAACCAAUACUUUCAACAACAAGACCGGAGGAGAUGCUUCCGAAAGCGGUUCUGGCCCUGGCUCUUAUGAUAUCAAGAAGAGUGUCUGGCACGUCAACUGCUGCAACCCGGAAAUCGAUAACGGUUGGGAUGUUUUCAAUGCCUUGCUUGGAUGGCAGAAUUCCGCCACUUAUGGCUCUGUCAUCUCCUACAACGUCUAUUGGUUGGCUCUCAUCAUCACCCUUGGCUUGAUGCUCUUCCAGGAGAAGUAUGGACACUUGCCAUUCACCAAGAACUUGACUUUGGACAAGUUGAACCCAAUGUACUACAUCAAGCACAAGGAUAGAGAGGAUUUGACCGCUGAGGAGCAGGAGAAGUUGUUCAAUGUUGCCAGAAACAAGCUCAACCAGGAGGCACAGCAGGCUGAGCAGGCUGGUGCUGAUGUUGUUGUUGACAAUGUUGAUGGUGCCAGGGAAACUGACUCUCUCAACGAUACCAAAAUCCACGCUUAA